AUGAAGUGGACUGAUAAUGUGGUUAGGCUUCUUAUAGCUAUUGUUGCUUGCGUGGGUGAUGAUGGUACGCUUGAAAGUGGCGAGGGGCUUAAGAGGAAAUCUGGGAUUUUACAGAAGAAGGGUAAGUGGAAGACUGUAUCGAAAAUAAUGAUUAGUAAAGGUUGUCACGUGUCUCCUCAGCAGUGUGAGGACAAGUUUAAUGACUUGAACAAGAGAGGAUACCUGAUUGCCAUGAUCUCGAUCUCCAAGGUUAUUCUUUACCUCUUGGGAGGGGCUCAAAAGACAAUAAUGGAUCCGAUGAAGAAGAGGCUGAAGAAAACCAUGAUACCGAGGAUGAUGAAUUAG